CGCACGGUGUCUUAGUGAAGACACUAAAGUUUUCUGCUACAUAAGGCUGGAAUUGCCAAGGCAUAGAGACCGCAACAGCAAUAAGUGCGUGGCCGAUAACGCAAGGGAGUUAGAAAAAUCUGCUCCUGAACCAUGAAAUGACCGAUCGCUACAAAUAUCGCCUCCAUUUAAGACUGAACCCCUCUGACUCAUGCCAUUUCAUUCUGCGAACAAAUGCAGGCACCUGCUGAUCUUAUGUCAAUAGAAGUUCUAACACUGUGAAGUGAGAUCACAAACCCGAAGUCACAUUUGCAGCAACCUAUACAAAAGCUUCUUUGGGUAGAUAAUCGGCAAGUACACUCAAGUUUGUGGGGAUCAUGACAAGAGCAAAACUAUCAGGAGUUACAGGGAAACAAACUGAGACCCUUACACAAUUACGAUGCGUGGCAGGUUGGACAGAUGAGAUACACAAACACUUGAUAUUUAUCUCUGCAUUCAACAUUUUUGUAUCCCUUACUGCAUUUCUUGGUAACACUCUAAUCCUAGUCGCCCUUCACAAGGAAUCUUCCCUUCAUCCACCGUCUAAACUCUUGUAUCGUUCUUUGGCAACAACUGAUCUUUGUGUGGGCCUUAUUACCGGACCUAAUCACAUUGCAUAUUUACUGUCACUGGUUGACCAGAACUGGCGUUUUUGCCGCUAUGCGCUGAGCGUGAGUUUCAUAGCAGGCCACUCUCUGUCUUCAGUCUCUCUAUUAACAAUGACCGCUAUAAGUGUGGACAGACUUCUCGCCCUGUUACUGGAGCUGAGAUACAGACAAGUUGUAACUGUGAAGCGAACAUGUGCGAUUGUAAUCAUCUUGUGGGUUGUAUCAAUAGUCGCUGGGGCAUCGUACUUUAUGAAUCACCGUAUAGCCAUCUGGUAUAGUUAUAUUGUUAUACCACUGAGUCUUGCGAUAGCAGUGAUCUCGUACACAAAAAUUUUCCAUACUCUACAUCAGAGCCAUUAUCAAGUACAAAUUCACAUUCUUCAACAACAUAGCCAACCACUGAACAUGAUACGGUACAGAAAGGCAGUGUACAGUGCACUGUGGGUGCAGCUGGCAUUAGUCGUUUGCUAUCUUCCAUACACCAUUGCGAGAUCGGUUCUUCCUAAGGCUGGACUGUCUCCAUCUCAGUUCUUAGUCUGGGGAUAUACCGCGACUUUAGUUUACGCAAACUCAUCGCUCAAUCCGUUUCUUUACUGCUGGAAAAUUAAUGAAAUAAGACAAGGAGUAAAAGAGACAAUCAGACGGGCACUUUGCUGUCCAUGGAGUUAGUCUAUACAUGAUUUGCGACACGAUUUGUGACACGAUUUGCCUAGCUCUAUCCGGAUCUCGAUCAAUUCUACUUUUCUGCACACAAACAUCUGGAUAAAUCUAAAUUUUAGAAAAAAAAACCUUUGAUUAAAUUGUGCGCUGGAAAUGUUUAACCAUUUUGCA